CCACGUAAGGCUGUGGCCUUGGCACAGCCUCACCCCCUCUACCUACCAAUCACAGCCCAAACCCUUACUGUUUUGGGAUGGUGGGGGUGAGCCACUCAGUCCCUAAUCCCCUUAGGCAGCUACCCCUGAGGGGAGCUUCAGAUCAGGGGGUUUGUCAGGUUACGGGAUUAUGGUUGAGAUAGGGUUUCAGAGACUAAAAGGAAUAUUUGUUUGGAAAUCGCUAGAAUGUCCAUGGCCUGCACCAAGACAAACUGACACAGUGGGCUGGGGAUGAGCCUCCUUGAGCACCUCCAGUCCCCUGGCCUCUGGCCUGGGCCUCCACAACAUAGCCCUGACCACUCUCCAGAGCCUGAGCAUCAAGGCCACACACAGAGGCUGAGCUUCUAGGUGGCCUUUCCGGACAAGGGGGCCUAGGAACAGCGCCUGAGCUGAGGACUGGGGGCCAACAUGCCAGAAGGGCUCAGGGGGGCCAGAGAGGCAGGGAGGGUGAGUUGUUAGUCAGCCCCUGGCCCAGAGGCCUGCCAGAGGAUGUAUCCCAUGGCUUCUGGGCAUCCGGCUGACCUCUCCUGGAGGAAAUGCAGGGUGUGGGCGGGGCUGGGUGGAAGCAGCAGGGCCAGGACGCUGCAGGGUGCAACUUGAUCAGAGCCUAUCCUGGUGGGUUCUGUCACAGGCAGGCAGGCAGGCCAACAGCUCCAGGGUAUCUCAGGGGCAUAAAUGCUCCCGAGGGAGGCUGUCCCAGCACUGCCCUGCUCCCGUGCCCUACCUGCCUUUCUCCAUGAUGCUGCUGCAAGCUCUGCUGACUGGCUCCUUCCUCAUCCUGUUCAGACUAUCCCCAGGCCAGGCCCAGGUCCCCAUCCAGGCCAACUUUGAUGCCAGCCAGUUCCAGGGCACCUGGUAUGUGGUUGGGGUGGCAUCAGAUGACCAGGGCUUCCUGGACUCCAAGGACAACAUGAAGAUGCCAGUGGUCUUAGUAACCUCCUUGGCUAAUGGUGACCUGGGCCUCAAGUUUGGAUAUCCCACGCUGGACGGCGGGUGCCAAAAGAUGGACAUGACCUUCACCAAGGGAGCCACGGAGGGGCAGUUCAGCAACCCAGCUAUGGCCCAGACUGACAUCCGCGUGGCCUUCACGGACUACCAGCAUUUCGCCUUGUUAUACUUCGAGACGCAGAAGGGGGAUGUGCAGAAUGUCUGGCUGCAGCUCUACGCCCGAGCCCCAGAGCUGUUUCCUGAAGGCGCCCAGAAGAUGCAGCUGCUGGCAUCCCAAGUGGGCCUGAGCCCCAGCCAGGGCGUCCUGCUGCCCAAGUCCGGGGCAGCUCCACCUUUCUGAGCCUGGGGAGGGCAAGAUGUUGCCCAGGCAGGUGCCCCCAGGAGGAGAUCUCAGUUUGGGGGCCUCCACCCCAGGGCAGGGGUGUCCCCCAUCAGCUCUUCAGGCCUGCUUUCUCCCACAGACCAGUGUGCCAGCGCCCUCUCCCAGGUGAGUGGACCGUGCAGUGCUCAGCACCUGCUGACCAAUGGAGAAGCCUCUCCCCGCAGGGUCAGGACAGCAUAGUGGGGUCAUCCCAGUAGCGGCAGGGAAUGGUGACCACAGCCAGGCCAGGAGCCCCAGGCAGCAAUGGGGCUUGGGUGCUGGGCUGAUCGGGGCAGGGAACAGGAGCCUCCCCUCCAUCCUGCCCCAUGUUUUGCAGUGAGGGAUCCAGCCUGGAGCUGCCCCACAGAGCCCUGUUUCUCUCCACACCCCAUUCUAGCUCAAUAAACGGUCUCUCAAAGCCUGUGGACACCUGUGCCCCAUAGAGGAUCCCGGAUGCCGGGACUAACGGUGUGCCCUGGCUCAGCGGCCAGGCAGGUAGUCACUGCACAGACCUAGAGCCACCUGCACCCAAGGCUUCAGGAACAGGCUUCAGGAACGCUGCGGACGUCUUGGCCUUCCCCCGAGGGCAGUCUGGGCAGCCUGUAUCUAGGCAACUUCAGCCCCAGGCUCCUCUCCCAUGGCCCAGCAAGGCCUGGCUGCCACAGAGACCCAGUGUGAUACCACCUCUGGCCCAGACCCUCCCUGCUGAGGGUGAGGGGAAAGGAUGCCAUGAAUAAAACUGCCCUGCUUUUGUAUUCACUGGGGAGAAAGCAUCCUGAAGUGGUUACGGUGCCAGCCACAUACACUGAGUCUGGUGGGUUCGAACCCAGCUCAGACCAGCUAAAUAACAAUAACAACUGCAACCAAAAAAUAGCCAAGCAUUGUGGCGGGCACCUGUAGUCCCAGCUACUUGGGAGGCUGAGGCAAGAGAAUCGCUUAAGCCCAAGAGUUUGAGGUUGCUGUGAGCUGUGACACUGCAGCAUUCUACUGAGGGCGAUAAGGUGAGACUCUGUCUCUAAAAAAAUAAAUAAAUAAAAUUAAAUUAAAUUAAAAUGUCCUGAAGAAUUGGAGGGUAGGCUUGGUGCCUGUAGCUCAGUGGUUAGGGCACCGGCCACAUACAACGGGGCUGGCGGGUUCAAACCUCACCUGGGCCUGCAAGAGAACAAUGACAACUACAACAAAAAAGUAGCCGGGCGUUAUGGCGGGUGCCUGUAGUCCCAGGUAUUUGGGAGGCUGAGGCAAGAGAAUGGCUUAAGUCCAAGAGUUUGAGGUUGCUGUGAGCUGUGACACCACAGCACUCUACUGAGGGUGACAAAGUGAGACUCUGUCUCAAAAAAAAUAAAUAAA